AAUAAUAUUUCUUUCUCGCCCCUUCCUCUACCUACACCUGCCCACCCAGUACAUAUUGAGAUUAGUCUUCCGGGUGUGAUAAUGGCCUUUUGCUUCCUGCUGGGGGCUAUGCGAGGCCCACUGGACUUGCAACUUCUUGCAUCGCAUCCCGGGAGAUCUCUGCUUUGUUUCGUGAUACCAGAUUGGCUUUGGGGAUGGGAUACUGGACUUGAUUGGGGAGUCAUAGAGUUAGUCUUAGGUAAUUUCUUUGGGGGUUUCGUCGUGGAACGGAAACCUGAAGAAUGGAGAAAAUCAGGGAGGAGAGAUCCUGGGGGCGAUGUGAUUCGACUCUACGUAGUCGACCUGGUUUUGUUUUUUCCGGAGGGGGGGCGGGGAUCCCCAUUGUCACAUUUGAAUGACAUAAAUUCAUUAGCGCAGUUCUGGAGUCUCAGUUUCAGUUUUCUCUGUUGUGGAUAUGGAUACCAAUUGAAGAUUGUUGUGCUGAAUGCUUUAGUGUUUGUGGUUGUAGAUGGAGGGGGUCAAUCCAGUCCUCAUCUUGGUACUGUCUGAUUCGGAAGGAAGUUGUGAAUGUUAGAUAUUGAAUACCAUCA